CAACUCCUGCUUUAAAUUUGCCAGUUACUAGCCAUCUUCAACUGGCAUUUCAUUCCAGUGCUACCUACUUCAUCUCAACUAUCAAACCCAGAAAGCUCAAAGGAAAAAAAAGAUGGCUUUGGAGAUCUGUGUCAAGGCUGCUGUUGGUGCCCCUAAUGUUCUUGGAGACUGUCCAUUCUCCCAGAGAGCUCUUCUUACUUUGGAGGAAAAGAAGAUUUCCUACAACAUGCACCUUAUCAAUAUCAGUGACAAACCUCAAUGGUUUUUGGAGAUAAGUCCAGAAGGGAAAGUACCAGUGGUGAAGUUUGAUGACAAAUGGGUGGCUGAUUCUGAUGUAAUUGUUGGAAUCCUUGAAGAAAAAUACCCUCAGCCUUGUCUCAAAACCCCUCCUCAAUUUGCCUCUGUUGGAUCAAACAUAUUUGGAACUUUUGUCACAUUUUUGAAGAGCAAAGACGCUAAUGAUGGAUCUGAGCAGGCUUUGCUUAAUGAACUCAAGGCAUUAGAUGAACAUCUUAAGGCACAUGGCCCAUUCAUUGCUGGGGAAAAGAUAAGUGCAGUUGAUUUAGCUUUGGGACCAAAACUUUACCAUCUUGAGGUUGCUCUUGGCCAUUUCAAGAAAUGGACUGUUCCGGAAAGCUUGACUAAUGUCCGCAAUUACAUGAAGUCGAUAUUCAGUCGUGAAUCGUUCGUGAAAACGCGGGCUGCUAAGGAAUACGUGAUCGCCGGGUGGGCACCUAAGGUGAAUGCAUGAACAAACUGGAAACAGUGAGGUGUUUGAAGAGUAUGAGUGAUGUAAUAAAAUGUGAGGGAUGGUGAUGUAAUAAAAUGUGAGGGAUCUAUGAGUGUCAAUGCUACUAAGUAAUUGGUAAGUGUUUAGAGUCCAAAA